AUGGACUGGAGUGCGUACGAGCCGGACAGCCUGGUGGUCCCUCCUCUCAGCCCGACCAGUAAGGAGGUCCUGAGCCAGGCACUUAGGGCCAGUUUCGCUGGUUUUGCCCAGGAGAGAAUUAGCCGACACUUCCCACAAGAUGUGACCUUGUGGUCUCAGUGGGAGGUGAGCCACUGGCUGGACUGGUGCCAGGCUGAGUUUGGCCUCCAGAGCCUUGGCUCCGGCCUGAGGGGCCUGCGAGGCAGCGAGCUCUGUGGCCUGGACAGAGAGGCUUUCCUGGGCCUGACGUCUGACUGCACCGCUGGAGAGAUCCUGUGGGAGCACCUGGACACCAUGCGCAGAGAGAGUGAAUAUGACUGGAGCUCUUCACUAGCUGCCUGGAUAACGCCGUCGUACUGCCAGUCUCAAAUAAACAAAGAUAAUUAUUCAUCUUACGUCGAGGAGCAUGCAGACAAGCCGAGCUACCCUCUUCAGUAUCAUCACACAGAGAGCACAGACCUCCAUACUCUGGUCCCUGUAGCUGUGCAGUAUCAAGACUACUACCGGGUCAAAACAGAGGGUCUUCACAAGAAUAUGGCCUCUUUGCUACAAGAACCAGGAGAGAAUGGGGAGACAGACUCAGAGGUGGAGAUGGUCCACAGUGAAGACACCAACAUGGCGGGCUCUCUGUCCUGGACCGAUCCACUCCAGGACAUAGAGCCAGGACUGGAAGAGACCGUGUGUGAAGAAGACUUCACCUUACCACGGCCACACAGGAGCUUCAAGGAGUUUGUGGGCAACAAGACUGAUCUGGGCAGAGCUGUGAUACCAGCAGCCAUCCUUGCUGGUUACACUGGAAGCGGCCCCAUUCAGCUGUGGCAGUUUCUGUUGGAGCUUCUGACAGACCGCAGCUGUCAAUCAUGUAUAAGCUGGACAGGUGAUGGGUGGGAGUUCAAGCUGACAGACCCUGACGAGGUGGCCCUGCUGUGGGGUCGCAGGAAGAACAAACCCAAGAUGAACUACGAGAAGCUGAGCCGCGGCCUGCGCUACUAUUAUGACAAGAACAUCAUCCACAAGACCGCGGGCAAGCGCUACGUCUACCGCUUUGUCUGCAACCUGCAAGGCCUGCUGGGAUACGAGCCUGGGGAGCUGCACAGCAUGUUGGACGUCAGUAACAAGAGUCGUGAAUGACAUCCAAAGAAACUGGCAAAAAGGAGCAAAGAGACAUGACAGAUUGAUAUGACUUGGCUUAGGACUCUUAUCACUGACAUUAUGUGUGAGGGUAAACCAGUUGAGGCCAUGUGGGUAAUACACAGUGUGUAGGGCUGUGUACAUGUGUUGGAGGACCUGACGUGGUUCUCAACCUUGACAGGUGAGACGUAGCACUUUAAAUUAAUUGUUUAGUGACUGACAAAUAAUAAAACCUCUGUAUGAAUACUAGGAUAGAUUGUCCUGCCGAUAUAUUUGUACAGUGCUGGCCAUUUAUUAAACUAACCAAUCACUGUGGUCCAUGUAUGAUAUGACGGUUAUAAUGCAGUUUGACUGAUUAUAGGCUGAAUGUAGAAUUGAAUAGAAUAGAAUCAAUACCAAACUGGUUGUCUAAAAGAAGCCCUUGACUUGAAUUGAUUCUAAUGUGACAUUUUUGUCAGAUUCAAGAAUACGUGAAUUUGUUUUAGUGUUAAUACAAGCAAACAUGUUAUCCUCCAGAGAGCAUGUUGAAGUGUCCUUGAGCAAAAUACUAAACCCCUAACCUCUCCUGAUGGGCAGCUUGGCAUCUUGCAUGGCAGCCUCUGUCAUCAGUGUAUCAACGUGUGUGUGGA